AUGGAUAAGAAACCUUGGCAGUGUACCCAACAAGGGAACUCCUUCCGGGACCAUUCCACCUUGUUUGGCCUUCAGGAAAGUCACACUGGAGGCAAACCCUUUACAUGCAAGGACUAUGGGAAGGCCUUCAGCCAGAGCUGUUCACUUACAAAGCAUCAGAAGUCUCACACAGGAGAGAAACCCUUUAAAUGUAGUGAGUGUGGAAAGGCCUUCAGCCAGAGCUCCUCGCUCAGUGACCACCAGAGAAUCCACACGGGCGAUAAGCCCUAUGAGUGCCACGAGUGUGGGAAAACCUUCACCAAGAGCACCCACCUGAUCCAGCACAUGUGCAUCCACAACGGGGAGAAGCCCUAUGAGUGUGGCAAGUGUGGGAACGCUUUCUGCAGAAGCACACACCUGACCCAGCACCGCAGGACCCACACGGGAGAGAGGCCCUAUGAGUGCCAGGAGUGCAGGAAGGCCUUUAAAGAUGCCUCUUCCCUCAGUCAUCACAUGCUGACUCACCGGGGAGAAAAGCCCUAUAAGUGUCCUGACUGUGGGAAAGGCUUCAGCGGCCUCUCAGGGCUCGUACAGCACAAGAGAAUUCACAUGGGAGAGAAACCAUACUCCUGUCCCAAAUGCAGGAAGGCCUUCAGCCAGAACUCAUCCCUGAUCAAACACCUGAGGUUUCACAUGGGGGAACAGCCUUUUCAGUGCAGUGAGUGUGAGAAGGCCUUCAGCCAGAGCUCAUUGCUCAUCCACCACCAGACAGCUCACACCAAAGAGAAGCCCUUCCGGUGCAAAGAGUGUGGCAAAGCCUUUGGCCAGGGUGUACACCUGACAGAGCACCUUUGCAUCCACAGCGGGGAGAAGCUGUAUGAGUGCAAUGAAUGUGGCAAAGCAUUUACCCAGAGCUCAUCUCUCAUCGACCACCAAUGUAUCCACACCGGAGAGAAGCUCUGUAGCUGUUCAGAGUGUGAGAAGGCCUUCAGCAAGAGCUCAUCCCUUAACCAGCAUCUGAGGACUCAUACGGGCGAGAAGCCCUACAAGUGCCACGAGUGUGGGAAGGCCUUCACCAAGAGCAUGCACCUGACCCAGCACAUGUUCAUCCACACUAGGGAGAAGCCCUAUGAGUGUGGCAAGUGUGGGAAGACCCUCCACAGAAGCACGCACCUGACCCAGCACUGCAGGACCCACACUGGGGAGAGGCCCUACAAAUGUGAUGCAUGUGGCAAGGCCUUCACAGACACCUCGUCCCUCUCUAGGCAUCUCUUUGUCCAUACUGGUGAGAAACCCUACAGAUGUGAUGAAUGUGGAAAAGCCUUUAGUGGCCCCUCAGGGUUCAUUCACCAUCAAAGAACACACACAGGGGAGAAGCCAUAUGAAUGCACAGAAUGUGGAAAAGCCUUUAGCAGAAGUGCAUACCUUAUCGAACAUCAGGGAAUUUACACUGGAGAGAAACCCCACAAUUGCAAAGAAUGUGGGAAGGCCUUCAGCCAGAGCUCACACCUUACAAAGCACCUGAGGACACACACUAGAGACAAACCCUAUAUAUGUAAACAAUGUGAGAAGGCCUUCAGCCGGAAUUCAUCCCUUAUGCAUCAUCAGAAAACUCAUUCCGCAGAACAGUCCUAUGAAUGUUGCAAUUCCUUCAGUGAAUCCACAGCCUUGGUUUAG